AUGAAUUCUCUAUAUUUACUAUGCUUGAUUGGACUAGCUUCAUCUGUGUUUUCAUUUCCUACUAAAGAGAAAAGUUAUAAUUUUGACAAUCACAAUGUCAGUCUAAUAAUAGAUACAGAAUGGGUAAGCCAACUUGAUAUUACGGAAGUGUCCAAAGUUAAUGACCCAAAUGCGAAGCUUAUUCUAUACAACAAUGUGACACAAAAUUUCCUCUUUUUCGGCUCCAAACCAAGAAAUCUACAUCUUGAGGCAGUAGAUUAUGCCGAUGUUUACAGCAAAAAAAAAGAUUAUUUUCCCAAUGUAGUAACAGAUAGUUUUACUAUUGAAGAUGGCAGUGUUGAAGUCGCUAUGAAGCUAGGAUCUUAUGGAGAAAUGCUUCGCAACAUCAAUUUUACUGAUUUAAAAAAAGUAUCGUACAUUGGUUACAACGUAACUUAUAUAACAGAAGUUAAUAUCACCUAUCCUUAUGAGAAAAGUAUUGAGGAAAUCCAUCAACAAUAUCCUGAAUUAAUUAAUAUCCAGAUGCCGCUAUUAGGAAAUGCUUUUUCAGGACAAAUACCUCUUGUAAAUGGUACAGGAUAUGACAGGACAACCUGCAAAUAUAGAAUCUGCACAACAGAUACAAAGCCUAUAAUAAAAAUGGAUACCUACUCUCUUUUUGAUAACGUAACUGUUAAUAACAUAUUAGAAGCUACUGUCAGUACUAUGGGUUAUAUCUAUAAUAAUGUUAAUGGCAAGAAUUACUUCCAAAACUUUAUAUAUAUUGAUGUGUCACAUAAUGUAGUUAUUGGUGAGCAGUAA